AUGGAAUCCACUGUGUUUCUGGAAUCUACCCAUCCUUACGAGGAAGACAGAAGAUGGCCCGUAUUUAACUUUUCAUCGCAAAGGGUCAUAUUCUUCUCCAUUUUGUGCGUGCUCUUCAAAUCUGAAGCCAUUUUUACAUUUUUCGUAUGCUGGCUGAGAGGACUGGGCCUAACCACGGGAACCCUGGGACUUCCUACUCACAACACACUCUCCCACCUCUGGCUUCUAAAGCCCAUCUUCUGUUUAAUUAUAGAUUUGUCAAACGUCCCAAUAUCGCAGACCAAUGAUGAGAUUGUUUACAACGAACAGAAUCCAACGACACAAAAUUACAACCGCCCUAAUUUUCUAUUCUUCAAAAUCUCAAACUACAGAGUCGUGAUUCUCAUACUCGUAGAGUACUCCAUCGCACUGUGCUCAGUAGCCCUGUAUAUUCUAUACAAAUUCAACUGUUUUAAUACCUAUUGCACCCAUAUCUUGGUUUACGCCCUCACACUGAGCCUGGUAUGCGCAAGUGCAUACGGGGAAGGGUUAUUCUCAAGGUAUGUAAGAGGAAAAGGUGAAGAAACAUAUGUAAAAUCAGUGGCUCAAAGACUUUUCCUAUCAGCUUUGUACUCAUACUCAACACUUCUCUUCAUACUACUUCCAGUAAUUUUCCCAGAUAGUGAGGUAGGGGAUUUUCUACAGCUAAACUCACUGUUCCCAUUAUUCUUAGUAUUUAACGCAGUUUUUAUAUCCUGGCUCAUUACCAGACCAGCAAUCACAUCACACGUUCCAAAAAGUAAUACACUUUCACCAAGCGCUUCUCAGGUUGAUAUGGUUUCAAGAGAAGAUCCAGAUAAUUUCUCACUCCAAGUUCUGCUUUCACUCUUCUUUCUAUUAGUGGUUUCGUUUAGGCUAAAAAACGAUUUCUACAAUAGGUAUAAAUUUUCAGAUGUUGACCACUACCUUUUCUUACUCCUGACACAGUAUGUUUUAUACUAUAUUAAUACUGUAUUAAUUCAAAAAAUUUAUGGAAUUAAUUAUGAAUAUAGGUGUUUAAAGCUAAUCGCAUCGUUGCUUACAUUUUAUUUUAUGAACACGAAGACUUUGUUAAACCUUUCAAUGGGAAUUUUUGGAACAUGUUUGCUACUUUUAUACCCUUUUAAGUCUUUUACACUCAAAUUUUUCGAGCAAGUGACAAGGUUGGGAUCCCUAAAAAUUUUAUUGCUUGGGUCCUUUUUGUCCUUUGUACAACAGACUCUCAUGACCUACGGACUUGUAAUCUCACUUUUUAUUACUCAGCCUGGUUACGAAGCUUCAAUCAUCAGCAUUCCUUCCUUUUCAGCACAUUUAACACACCUCUGCCUGAGGCAGAGACUCAUGGACUACUUGGAGAUGUCAAAGAAACAAGUCUGGUUCUUUGAUUUUUUAGGGAUUUUCCUCUUUUCCUACUGUUUUUCGGUCCUUUUUAACAAGGACCACCCGAAUUUUCUUAAAAAAUGGAAGGGGUCUCUCAAUGUUCUAGGUGACUCAAAUCACUCCGAAGGUAACAGGGGGAGCAGCUUCAAUUUAGUGACAUCUCUGCAUAAUACACAGAAUCCAAGAUCACCUUGGGAGAUGCAAACUGACCUCUCUUGUGAUUCGGAAGCUCUAUAA